AUGGCCUCUUUCCAGGAUCGUGCUCAGCACGCCAUUGCCCAGCUCGACAAGGAGCUCUCCAAGUACCCUGUCCUCAACAACUUGGAGCGUCAGACCUCCGUCCCCAAGGUCUACGUGAUCCUUGGCCUCGUCGGCAUCUACUUCUUCCUGGUCUUCUUCAACAUCGCCGGUGAAUUCCUCGUCAACCUCGCUGGUUUCCUCAUCCCUGGAUACUACUCCCUGAACGCUCUGUUCACCGCCGGAAAGGCCGACGACACGCAGUGGUUGACGUACUGGGUUGUUUACGCUUUCUUCACCGUCAUUGAGAGCGCCAUCUCUGCUCCUUACUGGUUCCCCUUCUACUACAUCUUCAAGUUCGCCCUUGUCCUCUGGAUGUCUCUCCCCCAGACCAACGGUGCUCAAAUUGUCUUCCACUCCUUCAUCCAGCCCGUGCUCGGCCGCUUCUUCCAGGGCGGUUCCACCUCGGCCAACCUCCGCGCUCAGGCCGAGGCUGCCGCCAAGGACCAGUAA